AUGCAUGGCCCUACAGAAUCCUCAUCUGGACAUCAUCUGCUGACGAUGCUACAACAUCUCAUCACCUGCGAGGUGCUGAACCUCAAGAGUUCAGCCAGACCCUGGCCGCAGGAGGCAAGUUUGCAAGGAGCAUGUUCAAGAAAAAGGGCCUUCCAGAUUACCAAGUCCUUUCUGCCCAUCCUGGAGUGGCUGCCCAACUACCGGGUGAAAGAGUGGCUGAUCAGCGAUAUCAUCUCAGGCGUCAGCACCGGCCUCGUCGCCACCUUGCAAGGUUUGGCAUAUGCUUUGCUGGUUGCAGUUCCUGUUGGAUAUGGUCUUUAUUCUGCCUUUUUUCCCAUCCUGACAUACUUUUUCCUGGGAACAUCAAGGCACAUCUCAGUUGGUCCAUUCCCUGUAGUCAGUUUGAUGGUGGGAUCUGUUGUAUUGAGCAUGGCCCCUGAUGAUAAUUUUCUCAUAGAUGGCAGUAAUGCUACAGGGACUAAUGGUACUGGGCCACUGAUAGACAUUGAAUCCAGAGAUGCACAGAGAGUGCUGAUUGCUAGUACCCUCACAUUUCUGGUUGGAAUUUUACAGGUAAUAUUUGGAGCCCUUCAGAUUGGUUUCAUUGUGAGGUACCUUGCAGAUCCGCUAGUUGGGGGAUUCACAACUGCAGCUGCUUUUCAAGUGCUGGUAUCACAAUUGAAAAUAGUCCUGAAUAUUUCAACUAAAAACUAUAAUGGUGUCCUUUCCAUAGUAUAUACUCUUAUUGAAACAUUUGAAAAAAUUGGUACCACCAACAUUGCUGAUCUUAUUGCUGGACUCCUCACCAUUUUUGUCUGCAUGGUAGUUAAAGAAAUAAACGAUCGGUUCAAACACAAGAUACCGAUACCUAUACCAAUAGAAGUUAUUGUGACAAUAGUAGCCACUGGUAUUUCAUAUGCUGCAGACUUGGAAAAAAAGUACAAUGCAGGCAUUGUUAAGAGCAUUCCAAGAGGAUUUUUGCCUCCUGAACCUCCAGAUGUCAGCCUGUUUUCCCAGAUGAUAGCAGCCUCCUUUUCCAUUGCUAUUGUUGCUUAUGCUAUUGCCGUAUCUGUGGGAAAAGUAUAUGCAACCAAGUAUGACUAUGCUAUUGAUGGAAACCAGGAGUUUAUUGCCUUUGGGUUCAGCAACAUUUUUUCAGGUGCCUUUUCUUGUUUUGUUGCAACUACUGCUCUUUCACGGACCGCAGUCCAAGAAAGUACUGGUGGAAAGACUCAGGUUGCUGGUAUAAUCUCAGCUGGGAUUGUUUUGAUUUCCAUUGUUGCCCUGGGGAAGUUGCUAGAACCCUUACAAAAGUCUGUGUUGGCAGCUGUAGUCAUAGCUAACUUGAAAGGGAUGUUCAUGCAAGUGUUUGAUGUUCCCCGUCUGUGGAGACAGAAUAAAGUGGAUGCUAUGAUCUGGGUUUUUACAUGUGUAGCAUCCAUCAUUCUGGGACUUGAUUUGGGAUUACUUGCUGGCCUUUUGUUUGGAUUGCUGACAGUUGUGCUGAGAGUUCAGUUUCCUUCAUGGGGUGGCUUUGGAAACAUUCCCGGCACAGACAUCUACAAGAAAGUCAAGGACUACAAAAAUGUUAUAGAACCAGAAGGUGUGAAGAUUCUGAAGUUUUCAAGUCCAAUUUUUUAUGCUAACAUCGAUGGACUGAAAAGUAGCCUCAAAUCCAUAGUGGGAUUUGAUGCAGUCAAGGUAUACAAUAAGAGACUCAAAGCCCUGAGAAAGAUACAAAAGCUAAUCAAGAAGGGGAAAUUAAAAGCUACUAAGAAUGGCAUCAUCAGUGAGCCUGGUAUUAAUAACGAAGCCUUUGAGACUGAUGAGGAACCUGAAGGCAAUGAAGAUCUUCAAGUUCCCACCAAAGAAGUAGAGAUCCAGGUGGACUGGAAUUCAGAACUCCCAGUCAAAGUGAACAUUCCCAAGGUGCCCAUCCACAGUCUCAUUCUUGAUUUUGGAGCAGUAACCUUCCUGGAUAUUGUAGCUGUGAGAUCAAUAAAAACGAUCAUUAGAGAGUUUGAGAGAAUUGAUGUGAGAGUAUACUUUGCUUCAUAUCAAGACAACCUUAUAUCUCAACUGGAACAGAGUGAUUUCUUUGAUGAUAUUGUCAGAAAAGACAUAUUCUUCUUGACUGUCCAUGAUGCUGUGCUCUACAUAAGGAAUCAGAUGACAUACAGUGACAACCAGGAUCCCAUAUUUGAGAAGAUUUCACUCAUGCAGGAGUCUAAAGAACCCAUAGAAUUCACAGAAACAAGCCGGCCUGAUGAUGAACUUGACGUUCAGGAAGAGGCUAUGCGCAGACUUGCUUCAUGAGGACGGGCUGCUGGAGCUGUCUCACCUGUGAAAUCACAGCAAUAUUUAUGCACCGGUACUAUCUGCAGUGGAACCAAUCUUUGCACUUGAAGAAAACCCUGAUUGUUUGUCUGAAUGAUACAGAUCUCUACAAAUCUCCAAAUUUUAGCUAACGUUAUCGCAGAAAUAUUCUGGACCUUGAUUCAGCAGGCACUUUUUGAUAGAUUGAUAAAAAAAAUCAGAAUACCAUUAUGAAAGAUGUACUCAGAUUUGGGACUAGUCAGGCAGAAGGUGCAUUACACUGUUCUGUCAGGGUGUGCGGGAUGAAAAGCUGCUUUGUGCUCUGCCCAGGAGAGUUGAAGAGACCAAAACCUUUGGAUGGCAGGCCUUUUGUCCUGUAUUUGCACAACGCCCAGCCAGAGGGCAGGAGUUCUAGCUGGCCAAGGCUUUGCAAUUCUAGAACAUUAGUGUGAGCAUACGUGCUGACAACUCUUGAAAAAUGUAUUGUGAUCAUUUUU